CAGCAUUGUAGCAAAGCGACAAUGUCCAAGCAAUAUUUGACCACCCAUACGGUGGAUAAUGCCCACAUUGCGGACAUAUUCUCACUGGCAGCAUCGCCAAAGACGCUGCUCUCAGCGAGUGGCUCUUCAACGCUUCAUGUACACGAUACCACUGAUCCUUCUUACCCUCUGAAGCAGUCCAUCCCCGGUGCCCACAAACUAGGCUGCCACCACAUCUGCACAUCGCGCAACGGCCUCUACGCUGCCAGCGCGGGCUUCGGGGGCGAGGUCAAGAUAUGGGAGUAUAACAAGGAGACGGGCGAAUGGAACGACGGCGGCGAGGUCACAGGCCCAACGGUGAAGCCGGGCGAAGUAUGGGCGAUUGCUCUCAGCGAGGAUGGAGGCUACCUGGCGGGCACCACCAACGAUGGCAGGAUCAACGUGUGGGAUGUCGCAGAUCGGAGCAGAGCCAAGAUUCGGGAAUACGAAACGGGCAGUGCAGGCUCGGGCAGCUUUGGCAUGUGCGUGGAUCUCAGUAACGAUGGAAAAUUCACGGCAAGCGGGCAUCAGAAUGGCUCGGUCUACGUGUUCAACAAUGAUACGGGGAGAAUUCUAUACUCCCUGUCCGGACUUGCCAAGCCCGUCCGCGCAGUAGCGAUAUCGCCUGCUGGUACUCGAGUGGCCGCAGCGGGCGAUGCAGGCAUCAUCGCCAUUUACGAUACAAAGCAUGGCGAACACGUGGGCAAUCUUACGGGACAUUCAUCAUGGAUCACAUCACUUGACUGGAGUGACACUGGAGAAUACCUCCUUAGCGGCUCGAUGGACGGCAAGGUGAAAGUGUGGUCAAUCGAGCGAGGCGUUUGUGUUGCAACGCACAGUGAGACAGACAAGGCCUUAUGGGCCGUCCGGUGGCUGCCCAAGACUGGGCGCAGUGAAAUGUUCUGCACUGCUGGUGCGAAUAGGAGCAUUUCAUUCUACAGAGAGGCAACGGGAAGUUGAGAGUAUCAUGGGUAUGUAGUACAGACUUAGAACGGCAUCUUGGCAUUAUAUGCCUUAUACAAUGAACACGAAAUCGAACUC